AUGCUCCCUUCCGCCGCUCUUCCAAACAAGUUCACUUUCACCUUUUUACUCAAAGCUUGCGUCCAUGGCUUCUCCUCUUCUCUCUCCUGCCUCCACGCCCAUCUCAACCUUCUUGGCCUCCACCGUGACCCAUUCCUCCGCUCCUCCCUCAUCUUAACCUAUGCCCACCAUCGCCAUAUUUCCAUUGUCGACCACCUAUUCCGGCAACAGACCUCCAAUGACACCGCGCUGGUCUCCGCCUACGCUCGCUGCGGCCUGCUCGAGUCCGCGCGGAAGGUGUUCGACGAAAUGCCCCAACGAAAUCCCGUCUCCUGGGUUGUUCUUUUGACUGCUUAG